AUGAGGUUUAUCACUUCGAGGAAGUUAAACCCAUUUGUUGCUGAAGAUGACAGAUACCUGCUUCUUGCAAACAGAGGAAUCAAUUAUGUCCAGGAAGAAGCCGUAAAUGCUUUAAGUGCCAUAAAAGCCGACGGAGAUGCGAAGAAGAAUUUUCAUAUGUUUGGGGAUAUUGUGUCUUUCGAUGCUACUUAUCGUCGCAACAAGUACAAUAUGAUGUUCGUACCGUUUACUGGCAUUGACAAUCACUAUCGUAAUGUUACCUUGGGUGCUGCUAUAAUAGGUAAUGAAACCGCCGAAACAUAUAGCUGGUUGGUUAACGUCUUUCGGCAGGCAUUUGGGCGUGCACUACCUGUGAUUGUAACUGAUCAAGACCCAACGAUGAGGAAAGCUAUUGAAGACACUUGGCCUGAAAGUAGUAACAGGCUUUGCAUGUGGCAUAUAAUGGACAAACUUACUACCAAGCUUUUUAUAUCUGAAUACGAGGUUGGCGCCACCCUAUGUAAUAGCACCGAUUUUAAGAAGAGGCUGUGUGCCAUUGUUUGGACCGAUGUAUUACUCUCUGACCAGUUUGAAACCGAAUGGGGUGUUAUAUUGGUUGAUUUUUAUUUGGUGAAUCAUGAAUGGUUAGAGUCAAUUUAUCAUAUUAGGUAUUCGUGGAUCCCUGCGUACUAUCGUCAUGAACACAUGUCUGGGUUGAUGCGUACUUCCUCGCGUUCGGAAAGUGAGAACCAUUUCUUUGGGCAGUUUUGCAACCCGGACUGCACGCUUGUUGAAUUCUUGGGGCAUUUUGACUCUACAAUCGAAGCCCAAAGACACGAGCACAGGAAGAACAACCAUGAUACUAGGCAUACGAACCCCGAUAGUUUUGCAAGAGAAUUUGUUUUAUAA